AUGCCCUGGCCCAGUCUUGCCGCCGAGAAGCCCGUAUAUCGGAUUCCCCAUAUUUGGGGUUCGUGGUCGGAGAUGCACGAUGACGUCGACGAACAUGUCGACUCUCUAAACUAUGUCUAA